UUUUUGACGUGUACACACGUACGAGCGGUGUUUGUUGUGGUUUUAUAAAAGAAAAAAAUCGUAAUUAUUCAAUUAUCCUAUCGCAAACUAUUCACUUUAUCAACAGUAAAAGUGUUAAUCAACGGUUACAAUCAAGUUUCUGUCGUUAAAACGAUGUGUGAGAAGUGAUUGGCCCCGUGAAUGUGUUACAAGAAUUUAGAACUCGAAUAUUGUACGUUCUGAGUAUCAAUUGUGAUGUUUCUUAUUUACAUUUGCGUCCACCGCAUAGCGGGAACAUAUAUUACGGGACUAUGGACGAGCUAAGUUGUCCAUGACAACAUAUUUCUCACAUAGACGUUAACAAAAUAGUGUUCGAAAAUGCGUUUAAAUAUCAAGAAAUUAACUAUAUUCGUGGGUUGUCUGGUGUUUUUAUGGAUUCUAAUAUCGUACGCUUCUGUAAUAGAAGUGCCGAAGACUUCUAGCUAUAAAAAUGCCGCCGUAGAAAUAGAAAAUAGGAUAAUUAGACUACAGCAGAAGAUGGAUGAGCAGAUAGCUGAGAGCAAUCGCUUGUUAGAGAAAGUUAAGAAGUUGAGGAAGACAGAUAAUGACAUUAAUGAGGGAGAAGAAGAAGAGAAUGCGAAAGAUAUGGAAGUUUUACAGCAUGUAGCGCAACCAAUCCUGCCAGUGUUAGUGAUAGCGUGUGACAGAGUGACAGUCAAGAGGUGUCUAGACAACCUGGUGAAGUUCAGGCCCAGUAAGGAGACCUUCCCUAUUAUAGUUAGUCAGGAUUGCGGCCACAACGCAACAUACGAAGUGAUAAAGUCCUACACGACUUUAGACUCGUCGAUCUCCGUGGUGAGACAGCCGGACCUUUCAGAGAUCGUACUGCCGAGGGUCAAAGUCAAGUUUAGAGGCUAUUAUAAGAUAGCCAGGCAUUAUAAGUUUGCUCUCAACCAUGUUUUUGAGACCCUGGGACAUGAGGCGGUUAUUAUUGUUGAAGAUGACCUGGAUAUAUCCCCGGAUUUCUUCGAGUAUUUCCUCGGCACAUAUCCCCUACUCCUUAAAGACCAUACGCUUUGGUGCAUAUCAGCAUGGAAUGACAACGGUAAAAUGGAAGUUAUAGACAUGUCUCGACCCGACUUGUUGCAUCGCACCGACUUCUUCCCCGGGCUCGGCUGGGUACUGAGGAGGGAGAUGUGGCUUACACUCGCACCUAAAUGGCCCGCUGCUUUCUUUGACGACUGGCUGCGUAACCCAGUGAAUAUUGACGGCAAGGCGUGCAUACGACCUGAGAUUUCAAGGACAUACUCCUUUGGGAAGAUAGGCGUAAGCAAAGGCCUAUUCUUCGAUAUACAUCUUCGUAACAUUCAACUGAACAUGGAAUAUGUGGAAUUUACAAAGUUAAACCUCACAUAUUUACUCAAGGAAAAUUACGACGACGCUCUAGUCCAAAAAGUAUACAAUCUACCCGAGAUGACGGCAGAGGAGGUGGCGAGCGGCGUCUCCGGCAACAAUGCCGUGCGGGUCAUGUACAGCAACGCCAAGACUUACCAGCGGGCCGCCAAGAAACUGGGCCUUAUGGACGACUUUAGAAGCGGCGUCCCCCGCACGGCGUACCGCGGCAUAGUCACAUGCUUUGUGCGCGGGCGCCGCGUGUUCCUGGCGCCCGACUACGACUGGACCAAGUACUACCCCACCUGGGGCUAGCGAAUAUACUAGUAAUACACUAUUAUUAUUCCUAUAUAAUCCAUUUGAAUAAGCACUUAACUAAAGGUAUACUAUUUUUUGCUGGGAAUCAUCAAAUGACUCCCCAAAAACAAAAAUAUUGAAAAGCUAGUUAUCCCUGAAGCGAUUAAAACCAUUCGAACACAUUCGAAAAACCUCAUAGGCACAAUUUCUCUGUCCAAUAUUUCUCCUUUGAAACCAACUGAAGUAAGAUUCCAAAAAAUACACGGUUGAAAAGCAACGUUGUCCCUGAGGCAUACCUUUUUUUUUGGUGGGUAAUCAUCAGACGGCUCCUCCGGCUGUGGGUGCAGCGCGAGGGAGUGUCAGACUGUUACUGACUAAAACCCACCAUGUUCCUUCUGGAGCCCACAGUGUACCAUGGCGGCGGUAACUCGCGCGAACAAACAGUCUUGUUGAUAAGACUUUUUUCACAAACAUAUUAAACAAAUAAAAUAUUGCUUACAAUAAUGAUCAAUUGAUUUUUAACUUUGUUUUAGGCUUUUUAAUAAAGAUAUCAAGAUUGUUUAUCUUAAAUUAAGUGCUCACUCAAACGGAAUAUAAUUUGUAACUAUUGUGACUACUCGUAAUUUCUCACUUGGGGUUUUUUGAACCCCAACUUGGGGGGUGUCAAGCACCCUAUACUAUAAUGGUAGAUUUUUAUAUGAAUGUCCCAAUGUUUUAGUGAGUGUAGCUUAUUGAGUCUGCAAUUUUCCUUAUAUGACUACUUGGGGUAUUAAAUGACACCACCACGAUGAAGUAUAAAAAUACAAUGUGUAUUUAUGAACUUUCAAAUUUUUAAAUAUUUUUUUUAAAUAUUACUCGUUACAGAAAAUAAUAGUUUUCUGAACAAUUACUUUACUGAACAUGAAAGAAAUUCAUGGAGGCACUUAUAAUGCCCCCUCUUUAAUUUUUUUUAUAACAUCCAUGAAAACCUUGAAAACCCUUUCUACUUUCAAAUAUUCCAUCAUACCCAAUCUUAAAGGUAAAAAAUCGAGGCGUCGAAAAAUUAAAAACAUGGUUAAAAUGGCUGUCUUGUCACUCUGGCGCUAGAUAUAAAAUUAUUGUAAAUACAAUCGAGUUUGUUCUCGUGUCUUUUCGAAUGUUUACACUGUACUAGAUGUAAUUCGUGGGCGUACUGCACUAGUUUAGUUCGGUAUGUAAAGCUUAUUUUUGGUGUACGAAUCUAUUAAAGGAUUAUUUUAUGCGACUUACGGCCAGUUUCUUCAUCAAAAGUAAAAGUUAAAGUAAUGUCUAAAGUAAAAGUAACGGUCAAAUUCGUUUUUCAAGGCUAAAGUGACAGCAAAACUAAUAGAAAUAUUGAAUUUGACCGUUACUUUUACUUUAGACAUUACUUUGACUUUUACUUUGGCUUUAACUUUUGAUGAAGAAACUGGCUGUUAGAAAAAACAGGUUCUCCAUUGACUGUAUCUAUGUUUUUUGGCAAUUUAUUUAUUGUAGUUGAAAAUUUUAGUAUGUAUUUUGAAAUGUGAAUAAUUUUCCCAUGUUUUGGAUUUCAAAAUACAUUAGAAGGGCUCGUGAUGGACAAGAUAUUACACAAAAUGUUUUUUUAAUGGUAAUUUACAAUAUUAGAUUUGUACGCAGAAAUUAAGCUUUUUGCUCAUAUUUAAGUAGUUAUACACUGAAGCAACAAUUUUCUUUUCUGAUAAACCAAUGGAAUUCUCCAUUUAGUGGAACAUACAGAUUUAAAUUCUUAAUUUAAGAGCCGAAAUUGUGGCUUCAGUGUGUACUACAAAUUAAUAUAAUAAUGCCAAUACUAAUAUAAGUCGCGUCGACUAAAUUAAGAUAUUUAGUAAUAAUAAUUUUAGUAACUUAACUAUAAAGUUACUAAAUCAAGUGAUUAUAGAUAAUUUUGUAAAUAUAUCAUUUUAAUUUUAUGUGUAGGCUGUUUUGGUAAUGCAUUAUAUUUUAAUACCAUUUCACAGGACAUAAUAUAAUUAAAUUAUUACUUUUUUUAAGAAACGCUAAACCGUGGAUAGGCGGCAAAAAUUAUUCCCACGUAUCUUUGUCGAAAACAUACAAAAUAUGGAGAAUUGAUACAUCCUUGUAUUCAAAUAAAAAAAUAUUUUUAGUAUAAUAUUGUGCAUUACCAAAAAGUCUAACAUUUACUGACAAAUGACGUCACAAACAUAGGUUUUAAUUUCCUUUUCAAUUGAACGAAAGAUCUUCCAUUAAUUUUAAUAUUUAAUGUCGCUUUAUGUUUUCAAAUUGUAAAUAUCGAAGAAAUGUAAUUAUUUAACUUAAUAACUUUACAAAAACUACCAUAACAUGGUACGUUUUUUUCAACUGGCAAUAAAAUAAACACUUCUUCUAUAUACGAUUUGUACAGAAGACAGAACGUCAACCUAACUCUAUCUGUCAAAUGUCUUCAAUAGAUUUUCAACCUUAUCACAAUAGUG